UUGCAGGAACAGGACCCGAGCCUAAUUAAUCCUUAUCAGUGUCCUGACUAAUGCAGAACUGCUCAAACAUAUCAUCUGUACUCUUGUCCUGGCAUUAUGUAAGAGGGAGCGGAGUGCCAUGACGCGUAAAUAAUGUCUUCAGAAAUCACGAGCUGAGCACCACUUCGACCCUCCCUCUUGUGCCACCCUCGAGCUCAUUCCUCCCUCCAGUCAUGAUGGCGAGACAGAGGGCCGGGGUCUGUCUCUCAGUGGCCCUGUGGGUGUGGUGUGCCAGUGUUUGUGUCGCUGAGGCCAAGAACAAAUAUCUAGUGCAUCCUGAAAGUCCCAGUGCCACUAGACCGCCCCUCGCCGCCCCUUCCUCUCGUCUUGGUGCCAAUGAUAAUGACACUUCAACACCGUCCCCGCCGCCUCCUUUCCUCACUUCUGUCGAAGGCGUGGACAGGCCGCAGGAGGCGAAGAUGGAAGCUCAGAAUACCAGUGAGAGGGAGCCACAAGUACGGGAGGCUGCCGGCAAGAGAAAUCCAAGUGUUAUAGGCGGCCUUCCAAUGAACAGAGGCGCCUCGUCGACACCCACGGCAGAGCAUUUAAGGGCCGCCACGUCCUUAGCGGGUAACCUGGCGCUGCUCCUUAUCUCCGUGAUCAUUGCCGGGGCUCUGUUCGUCAUGGUGGUGUGUUUCAUUCACAAGUGGAGGGAGAACAUGGGCACGGGUCGGUACCCUCGGGUCGUCUACUCAAUGCUGCGGCAGAGCGAGGAUGAGCCCGAAGAUGUGCUGGGAGAGAUCCUCAUCAAUAUUGGGCUUGCAGCUCCAGGGGAUUCCCGCCCUCUCACACCUUCCUCCUCCUCUUCCUCCAGUCGAUCCUCCCCAGCACCUGCUGAGCCGAUGAACAUAAAUGAUCUAGAGGGGAGCAAAUUCACCACAAUUCCACUGAGAUCAGAUGAAGCUGCCAAGAGGCUAAUGGCACCUGAACCUGAGGAAUCAGACGAGGAGUUGCUGCAGUGAGUGAGGACAAUUAUAAAGGCGAAGAGGAAGACCGGGUCGAGGUAAGGCAUCCGGACGUGGCAUCACUCAG